AUGACUCUCCCAGAUCAGAGUAAUUUAGUAAGAUGGGGUAAAAGUACCGAAAAAACUUGCUAUAUCUGUGGAAAGGCAGUUGGAACUGCUAAGCAUCUGCUGGUGGGAUGUAAGGUACUCCUGGACAGCGGUCAAUACUCGCGUCGUCACGAUAGGGUUCUAGAAGUCAUACGUGAAGCGGUUAGUCUUUCGGUAGCCAGAGCGCAAAAGGAAAUAACCACAAACGAACGAUCAGUAGGUUUUGUGAGAGAAGGCACUAGGGCUACAAAAUCAAACGUCAAGCCUUACUCCAUCCCUAAAGCGGCGUCGGAUUGGACUAUAAUGAUGGACACGUAUGAAAAGCAAUAUAAAAUCCCCGAGGAUAUUUGUGCGUCGGCCUCCAGACCGGAUAUAUUUUUGUUUUCGCGAAUUUUAAAGCGCGUAGUGAUGAUAGAGCUUACGGUCCCUUGGGAAACCAACAUCCCCAAAGACCAUACCAUCAAGGUCAACAAAUAUUACGAGCUCACAAACGAACUCACUCGAAAUAGGUUCGUAGUAGAUGUGUACGCGGUAGAGGUGGGAGCGAGAGGUAUAACAGCGAAAUCUCUCUACAACCUACUAAAGGACUUGGGCUUGUCCAGAACUCACAUUAAUGCAUUCUUGGAACGUAUAUCGAAGGCAGCCCUAGUAGGUUCUUUUCAAAUUUGGUUAGGUAGGGAGAGGAGCUUGGACAGUGGAGGUGAGCGUAUAACGCGCGUUAGUUAA